AUGGCGAGUAAAGAAGAACAUAACGAUGAUGAGAUCCGUGAACAAGACCGUUUUCUACCUACGGCCAACAUUUCUCGAAUCAUGAAGGUCUCCCUUCCUUCCACUGCUAAAAUUGCAAAGGACGGGAAAGAAACAGUGCAAGAAUGUGUGAGUGAAUUUAUCUCGUUCAUAACGAGUGAAGCCAGUGACAAGUGCCAGCAGGAGAAACGCAAGACCAUUAAUGGAGAUGAUAUUAUUUGGGCCAUGAGUACACUUGGUUUUGAUUCGUACGUUGAGCCACUAAAACUUUACUUGCAAAAAUAUCGCGAGUCCGUGAAAGUGGAGAAGAAUGACAAGAAAGACAAUGUGGGAUCCUUUGGAGCGUCUUCGUAG